AUGACUUCAGAGAACAAUAACAUCAAGAAGGAAACCUUCAAGACGCAGCUCGAUAAGGCUGCGGACAACACUCGCGAGAUGGAGAACCAGAAGCCUAACCCCAUUGUCGAGAAGAUCACAGAAUAUAUCCCUGCGGCCGCCAAGGUCUUGCCCACUGGCCAAAGCCCUCCAAAGGAAGAAGACAAACCCCCAGGACCUCCCGAACGACCGCAUCACGAUCACAAGAUUGAGGAUUUUGUGAGGGACCAGCACAGAAGUCAAGGCAUUGAAAGUGUUUUGGGGCAUGCUUCCAAUGACGAGUAA